GGGCUCCAAGGCCUCUAACACUUGAAGCGCAGUUCAUGUUCUCCAUUGAAGCGCAGUUGACGUUCUCCAUUGAAUCUAAUACUUGUAUCCCCCAUUGAAGCAGCUUCUGAGAUAUGGAUUUGGCUAAGAAAACAGGUAGGGAUGUUUUACGGAGGAUACUCUAUCUACAAGAAGCGUGGGGUAAUAUUGGUUCCAAGACUAUGCCUCUGCUCGAGGUGUUCUCUGUCAGUGUAAAUACCAGCCUCCCUGGCAUGUCUUUUGAUGAUUGUGAUUGUUGUGAGAUAUAUGGCACUAUUAUAGCCACUAAUGGAUUAGGUCAUGUAUUUGAUCUCUACAAACGGAAACGCAACAACCCUGAGUUUAUUGAGCUGAAUAGGGAUGGCUACACUCGUUAUUUGUCAUUAACUGGACUUAAGGAUGGUCGUGUCAUUAUACCCUAUGAUUAUGUCGUUAUUGAGGUGGAUCUAAGGGAUAGGGCUCGAAGUGAUGUUGUCAUUGCUAAGGGAAAGUUGAGCUUCAACUACAAAGAAACCUUUUACACAGAACAUGGAGCUGAAAUUGUUUUGGGUGAGGCCGGAUUUGUGACUCUGCAUUAUGCCACUUUUCCUUAUGCAGUGACAGGUUCUGUGGAUGUGUUUUUCUUCAGCAAAGACGAUGAUUAUGAUGUAUUAGACUAUGAUGUUGAUGUUGAUGUUGAUUACACUGAUUAUGAUACUUCUGCAUAUGGAAAGGACGAUGGUGCUGAUGUUUAUGGAACUGUUGCUGCACACACCAAGUUUCCUGGGAGUGUCUCCUAUGGAGACAAUACGACUAUUUCAAGUAUACUUUUAAAAUUGUCACGUGAUGAAUGUGUACGGGUCAAGUCUAGAUCAUCUAUUGAGCUAUCAAGGUCCAUGGUUGCUAUGCCAGUUAAUUCAAAUUCCCCCCUUGAAAUAUGUGGAUUUUAAGUAUAAGGAUGGAAGAACACUAGCUAAUGGUGUCUUAGAGUUUCCAUCUAAUGACCGCAGCCAGUUUAAGAUGGAUGUAGUGGGUGAAAAUGGGCGUAUUAGAGUGCGAGUGAAAUGGGGUGAUGCAUAUGAGUUGCGUUACAAAGGAAGUGAUUUGAAACGCUGUUUGAAUGAAGAGAGCGAGCUUGAUGAACUGGUUAAAAGGCAGCGGUAUUUUGCUGAUCCACAACCCUCAACAUCCUUCUCGAGUGAUGAUUGGUCUCCACUGGUUUUGCCGACAUCACAUGUGACGAGAGUCAAGAAACCCGUGCAACUACUAGAAGUGUUUUCAAUUGGUAUCAGUAGCAAUGAUUUGAAGCCUCCCUUUAAGCUCUAUGGGAGGAUCAAUGUUCAAGGUAUGCAAUAUGUUCAUCUGUUCAAUAGAGAUCAGAAUUCUCCUCAGAUAUGUUUUGAUAAAAUUGAGGUCAAAUACUGUGGUCGUGUUGGCUUAUCGGCUAUGAACGAUUUUGGCAUUUAUCUUGACCUCAAGGAUGCUAAGGGUAAUGUUUUUGUUGAAGGAUUUGUUUCGUGGACUUUUCGCUUUUUUGACAAAUGGUAUAACAAACGGAUAUGUUCUGUUAUUCGAGGGGAUCAUGGAUAUGUAGCACUGCAUUACAUAAUAAUUGAAGAUGGAGCACACGCUAAAGUGAAUGUCUUGGUAAAAAACAAUGAUAGUGCUUUGGGCUUGUUGCCCGUAAAGUUUUAUGGGAGCAUUGUUGCUCGGUAUAGCAACUAAGAGUAUUCAACCUCGUAUGAUGUGAAAUACUAUCAAAGUGUUCUUUUUGAGAGAGGUUUAGAUGAUCCUAUAAAUGACCUUAAAAACAAUGGUUCCUUGCCGUUGUCAAAAUCUCUUGUUUCUUUGCCAAAAAAGUCCUCUCUAAUUAUAAAAGCAGAUUUAAUAGUUGAUGGCAGCUUAACUUCUGAAUCAAGUGUUGAUGUUGAUUAUUUACAAGGUAGUGCAGAGUUUAAUAGUGAUGAACAAUCUUCGGCGGAGAUACAGGGAAAGAACUACUCUAUUGAUAUAUUAGUUACAUGGCCUCAGUUCAGGUAGUUUGUUUGUAACAUAUUACCUAUGAAUUUUCUAUUUAGGCUUUUUUUUUUUUUUUUUUUUUUUUGGGGCAUUUGAAUUGUACUAUUGGCUGGAUCUUAGUUAGCAACAACCUUACAAUUAACCAUAAACAAGAUUAUGUGGAAUUUCCAACAAUGUCUAUUUCGUCUGUAUGUUUUUUUUGAGACGUUUACAGUUUAUGAUACACUAUGUCCAGUUCAAGUAUGAUACAGAAUAAACAGUAAUAUACGGCAGUUGAAUUCAGUUCAAACUAACAAUACAAAUUCAUGCAGUUUUGAGAGGGGUUAAUAUUUUAACCGAAGUAUCGAGCAGAUUCAUGCUUAACGUGUCUGCUUGUAUUACUUGUACCAUAUCCGAAAGAUAAUUACUUCAAGUACACUUGAUCAUACUCAGACCAUAUGCUGCCGUCUGUUUUACUUUGGUUCAUAGUCCAUGAUCAAGCUCGAUCCCUCCUACUUCCACCACAAUUGACCCAUCCCGGAGUAUGCCGACUUCACCAGGGGUUGGUCUCAAUAAAACACCAUGCACAACGGGUAACCUGGAAAUUCCCUUUUUAAGCCAGAUAUUAGUCUUGUUAU